AUGCAUAUAGACAACCAGCUGCACCAUGCAGUUCAUGCAAGCGUGAUCCCUCGAUCCUUUGCCUGUCUGAAGAGAGCCCCAAGAAACAUGAACAACCUUCACCACUGUCAUUUGCAGCAGUUCCUUGUUCUAGGGCUCCUUGGGCUUUUGUCUCCUCCCAAACCCCCCUUCAGACCUGCAAAUGAGCAUGUAGCCCUCACGCUGGCCCGGCAGGAAGAUCUCUGGGAGGAUGGCGGCUUGGAGCAGCAGCUGCCCAGCUGCAAGGAUCUUUGCGGCAGACCUCCCUUCGCAUCUCUUGAGUCCGUUUCCUUCAGCUGCCUGUGCAAGUCUCAAGGAUCCGUCACACGCGCGACAGCUCCCGCAUUGAGGUCCGAGCCCAGCUCUCCCACCAUGACGCCGUCCAAUGACAGCAAGGGUGAAGAGACGCUGCGCUGUGGCCCGCCACCGCCUGAGCUGCUUCUGCAACUCCCCGACGCAGGAGUGGGCCUUUCAUGGUUGUCGCAUGCUUUUCACAGCUUUGGCCCGGUCCGAGGCAGCUUCCGCGGGAAGGCGCCCGCCCAAAGCGGCCCCCUCAGCUGUUUGUGCAGGCUUCGCCCCUUCACCCCCCAAAGCUCUUUGCGACUCGGCUAUUGCGCACCCUUCAACUGA